AUGAUUAUCUGCUAUGGCUCUCAGACAGGGAAUGCAGAGAACUUUGCCAAGGACCUGUACGAGGACGCGAGCGAGAAGGGGUUCAAGGUAGGCAUCAUCAGCCUUGCUUCCCCAGACUUCUUAGAGAAAGCUCGGCAUGCCCUCGACAGCUCCCCCGUGUUUGUGUUCAUCACGUCAACCUGGACCGACGGCACCCCCCCACCCUCCUGCAGCAGCUUCUUCUCUUGGCUGCAGCAGGACAGCUGCAAGCUCGAGCUAGACUUCAACAACGUCAAGUUCACAGUCUUCGGACUUGGAAACAGUGAGUACGCCGCCAACUUCUGCAAGGCCGCGCGGGACUUGGACGAUCGUCUUGUGGCGCUGGGGGGCAAGAGGGUAUGUGCUCGAGGGGAGGAGGACGACUACUCGCCCUCCAUCUUCGGGUCGUGGAAGGACUCGCUGUGGGUGUCCCAGGGAGCAAGGCUCAUGGGGAAUUCCGUUCAGUUCAUCCAGGAGGACAGCGACGAGGAGUCGACAUCGAGUGCGCAGGAGGAAGACGACCUCGACGACAUGCUGCAGGGUGAGGAGGGAGGGACGUGCGGCUCGAAGGCCGACCUGGAGGACCUGGAGGACCUGGGGAAGAUUGCGUCGAGAGGGAAGGAGGAGAAGGAGGGGGUGGUGACGCUCCGCGGGAAGCCGAAGAAAAUGCUGAACCCGUCGCUAGAGGCGAGCUUGACGAAGCAAGGCUACAAGCUCGUAGGCAGCCACAGCGGGGUCAAGCUGUGCAGGUGGACCAAGUCGAUGCUGCGAGGAAGAGGAGGGUGUUACAAGCACACUUUCUACGGGAUCGCCAGCUACCAGUGCAUGGAGGCGACACCUUCCUUGGCGUGCGCCAACAAGUGCGUGUUCUGCUGGCGGCACCACAAGAAUCCCGUGGGGACGAGCUGGAGGUGGGAGACGGACGACCCUCAGUUCCUCGUCGACGGGUUCGUGUCGAAGCACAGGGCCAUGAUCAAGGAGAUGCGAGGACUGCCGGGCGUCAUUCCCGAGAGGUUGGAGGAGGCGGACACAGUCAGGCAUUGCGCUCUAUCUCUCGUCGGGGAGCCGAUCAUCUACCCACAUAUCAACAAGUUCAUCAACCUUCUCCACGAGCAGAGCAUCAGCACGUUCCUCGUCUCCAACGCUCAGUUUCCUUCCCAGAUGGAAAACCUUGUUCCCUGCACUCAGCUCUACGUCUCUAUCGACGCCUCCAAUGCCGAGGAGCUGAAAGCCGUCGAUCGCCCUCUCUUCAGCGACUUCUGGGAGAGAUUCCUAGAGUGCAUUGACAUCCUCGACCGGAAGGGCCAGCGCACAGUCUUCCGACUGACGCUCGUGAAGUCGUUCAACAUGUCGGAGGUUGAGGGAUACGCCAACUUGAUCCGUAGGGGGAGGCCAGACUUUGUUGAGAUCAAGGGUGUAACCUUCACUGGAGGCAAGAAGCCCCAGCUUGGCAUGAGCAACGUACCUUGGCAUGCUGAAGUCGUAAGUUUUGCUUCGCAAAUUUGUAAGAUGGUCGACGACGAAUAUGAGAUUGCUUCUGAGCAUGCUCACUCCUGCGCCAUCCUGUUGGCAAACAAGAAGUUCAAGAGGGGUUCAGAUUGGUACACAUGGAUUGACUAUCCCAAGUUUUUUGAGUUGGUUCGUAGUGGCCAGCCAUUCACCUCCUUGGACUACAUGACCAAGACGCCUGAGUGGGCGGUCUACGGGCGGGGGAUUCCAGGAGACGGAGGGUUUGAUCCAGCGGAAAUUCACUACAGGAAAGGAGAUUCUCGCACGUCGACCCCCAUGUCGAGCAGGCCCGACACUCCCAGCUCAAUGCGAUGA